AUGGACCGAGCUGCGGAGGAAGUAGUUGCAAAUGAUGUAGUUGGGAAUGCAGAACUUCAACUUAAAGGCUGUGAUAUUCCCUUGACAUUAGAAACUCGCAAUACUUUGGAAUCACCAAUAAUGUAUGCAUCCGUGAGGAGUAAUUGGGCGCAGAGCUCGACCGAUGAUUAUUUGGAUACAAGUAGAAAGGAAGAAAAGGAUUCAAGUAGAAGUAUAAUUUCUUUGGCGGGAGCCGAACCCCCGUGUAGUAUCCCUUGCUCUGUGAAGGAUAGUGGGAAUGUGGUUGAAGAAUUGACAGUGGGAAACUAUAGGACUUCACAUCAAGCUUUAGGUAGAAGCCUAGACAGUAACAGGCAACACAGAUGGCAAAAUAUAUAUCAGUUAGCAAAUGGGUCUAGGUAUAAGGCUUCACAUGGUGAUUAUGUGCAUGAAGACAAGGAAAAACUGCUAUCGAGAGCUGGAGAGCAGUUAUUGAAAAUGCGUUCUGAAUUGUGGGGUAGCUUGAAACCUUUGCUGACCAAGCAAAUUGAGGAUGACAGCAAAGAAAUUUUUCCAAGUUCGAGGACCAGUGACAAGAGGGUUGUAUCAAGCAGUAUACUGCCUAGUGAGGAUGUUCCCUUGAAGACCUCAUCUAUGCCCGACUUUUCUCAACCAUUGCUGAAGAAAGCCUUGAAAGGAAAGGGGGUUGUCUGCAGAAACCAAGAAGCUCUCACAGAAUUCGGGGGUGAAGAUGCAGGCCAUAUUGAUGGAAAACUGGAUCAUGCAAGGAAAGUUGCUUCUGAUGCACUAGCAAGAUCAAGUUCCAAUAAUGAUAAGCUUUCUUUGAAUAGGGUUGAUAGGUCUGGUCCUGAAUCCUUACAUCAAGGGAUCAGUUUGAGAGAGUGGCUGGAACCGGGGCAUUGUAGAAGAGAUAAAAUUGAAAGCCUGCUGAUAUUUAAGCAAAUUGUGGAGUUGGUGGAUUUGACACACUCUCAAGGAGUUGCCUUCCAAGACUUACGUCCAUCUUGUUUUAGUCUAUUGCCAUCAAAUCGGGUCAUAUACACUGGUUCAUCUACCAAGACAGAUCAAUGGUUUCCUAUACACUCUGGUUUUGUUAAGAAAAGGCCACUGGAGCAAGUUGUGGAUUCCUAUUGUAGUUUAGUUCCAAAGCGGCAAAGACUGAGCGAAGAAAUGAAAUCUCUUCGACAGCAGUCUCAGUAUACCUCUAGUUCUGGCUUUGGGACAAAGGCAGCGGAUGGAAAUAAUUUUCAUGAAACUGGUCUACAAGAAUCUAGAUUUGUGGAACUUCAGUCUCAGAAGCAUUCUAAUCACCAAAGUUCAUCUAUUGCAAAAAGGAAUCCAUCUUUUUCUUUAACUUUACAAUUGGAAGAAAAAUGGUAUAAAAGUCCAGAACUGCUGAAUGGAGGAAUCAACACCUUUUCAUCAAAUAUCUAUAGCCUUGGGGUCCUGCUUUUUGAGUUGCUCAGCCGGUUUGAGUCAUGUGAGGAGCAUUCUGCUGUGAUGUUGGAUUUGCAUGAUCGGAUUCUACCACCAAAUUUUCUUUCAGAAAAUCAGAGGGAAGCUGGGUUUUGUCUUUGGCUUCUUCAUCCUGAACCUUCAUCUCGUCCAACAGCUAGGGAAAUCUUGCAGUCUGAAUUGAUAUGCCGAUCCCAAGAAUUGUUUUCUGGGAAUAAUGUAUCAACAUCUCCUAACAAUGAUGAUGCUGAACCAAGGCUGUUGCUUCAUUUUCUAAGUUUAUUGAAAGAGCAAAAGCAGAAACAUGAAGCUAAGUUGCUUGUAGAUAUUAAGUGCUUAGAAGAAGAUAUCAGAGAGGUUGAGGAAAGGCAUUUAUUGAGAACACCCAAAGUUUUUUCUGAGACAGAAGAGAGAUGUCUUGAUCCAAGAGAACAAGGCACGUUUCUUGGUUCUGUUGCUAUUUCUAGAUCGUUUUCAGUGUCAAAGAAGAACGAGGCAAGGCUGAGCAGAAAUAUUAAUGGAAUUGAGAAUGCCUACUUCUCCAUGAGAUCUCAGAUCCGCCAUACUUCUUCUGCACCACGCUCGGAUAAAGACUUGCUCAAGAACCGAGAUAGGUGGUUUGCAGUCCAUAAUAACAGUGAGCAAUCAAACAUGAACCAGAGAUCGGAUGAUCCCCUUGGAGUCUUUUUUGAAGGUUUGUGCAAGUUUGCUCGAUAUAGUAGGUUUGAGGUGUGUGGAUCACUGAAAAAUGGAGACUUUAUGAACACCACAAAUGUAGUUUGUACUUUGAGUUUUGAUCGCGACGAGGAUUAUAUUGCUGCUGCUGGGGUAUCAAAGAAAAUCAAGGUUUUUGAGUUUGGUGCACUUUUAAAUGACUCGAUGGAUAUCCAUUAUCCCUCAGUUGAGAUGUCAAACAAAUCUAAGAUCAGUUCUGUCUCCUGGAACAACUACAUCAAGAACUAUUUGGCCUCAACAGACUAUGAUGGUGUGGUUCAGAUGUGGGAUGCAGGCACUGGUCAAGGAUUCUGUCAAUACACAGAGCACCAAAAACGGGCUUGGUCUGUGCACUUCUCUCUGGCUGAUCCUAUGAUGUUUGCCAGUGGAAGUGAUGACUGUUCUGUGAAACUGUGGAGCAUUAAUGAGAGAAGUUCUAUUGGUACCAUUUGGAACCCUGCCAACGUCUGCUGUGUUCAGUUCUCUUCCUCCUCUACUAAUUUGUUGGUUUUUGGAUCUGCCGACUAUAAGAUCUACUGCUAUGAUCUUCGGCAUACUAGGAUCCCUUGGUGCACAUUAGCUGGCCAUGGAAAAGCUGUUAGCUAUGUGAAAUUUUUAGAUUCGGAGACCCUUGUUUCUGCAUCCACAGACAAUACUCUGAAGCUUUGGGAUCUCAACAAAACUAGCUCUACUGGGCUGUCCUCUAGUGCUUGCAGUCUGACCUUUGGUGGUCACACCAACGGGAAGAAUUUCGUAGGUUUAUCUGCACUGGAUGGUUACAUAGCAUGCGGUUCAGAAACCAAUGAGGUUUUUAGUUAUUAUAGAUCUCUGCCAAUGCCAAUUACUUCUCACAAAUUCGGACGUGUUGAUCCUGUCUCUGGAAACGAGAUUGGUGAUGGUAGUGGACAAUUUGUUUCAAGUGUUUGUUGGAGACGGAAAUCGAAUAUGGUUGUUGCUGCCAACUCAAUUGGAAAUAUGAAGGUGUUACAGAUGUACCAAAAACUGUCUUAUGCCUUCUUGGGAGGAAAUGUUAGUUGGAACCAGAAACCUGAACAGGUCAAAGACUUGGAAAUGGAACCGUUUUCAACUGCAGUAACUUAUUUGGUCUCGUAUAAUUUCUGCGGACAAUCAUUAAUCAACGCUGGCACGGAUCAUACUGGAUCAAAGGAAAGUCAUUACACGAAUUUAAUCUCCUGCGACGGCAAGGAGGUUGUGGAUUAUAUGAAGUCCUGCAUAGCAUCUAUCCUCCCAGCUGCCUGA